UCUUCCCACCUCCUUUCACCAUUCAAUUUUUCGUCGCCAAUUCCCUAUGGAUUCCGAACGUGCGCCCGAUGGCUACCUGCUCAGUCGUGACCACGUUGAUUGUGAUCGACUCAACCUCCAGCAUAGCCUCUGGACGCAGAUGUUCGGCUACCUGCUCCAUCCUCUCAUCGACACUUCCAACCCGCAUUUGAAAGUGGCCGACCUUGGGACGGGAACGGCAUGUUGGCUCACCGAUCUCUCCGCCCAACUCCCGCCCACCGCGCAACUCGAUGGAUUUGACCUGGAGCUCACGCAAGCGCCGCCGCGGGAAUUCCUCCCCAAGAAUGUGAGCCUGCACGAAUGGGAUAUCUUCUCCGAGGUGCCGGAGCACCUGGUGGGGCAGUAUGAUGUGGUCCAUGUGCGCCUGCUAGUGUUUGUGGUGAAGGGGGAGCCGACGGAGCUCCUCCGCAAAUUUCUCAAGCUCCUCAAACCCGGCGGGUGGCUGCAGUGGGGCGAGCCGGAUGUUCCCUCUAUGCGCCUGGUCAAAGCCGACCCCUCGCUGGCGGAAGAUGGGCUGCGGGAGCUGUUCCAAUUGACGGCAGCGCAGGAUCCACGCCUCAUCCCGCAGUGGCCGGACCAGUUGGGGGCGUAUUUCGGGCGGGAGGGGCUUACCGCAGUGGAAACCCACCGCGUCCAGGCGGCGGCGACCAGGCCGCACCUCGAGUUCGCCAUGCACCAGUGCAAUCUCCUGAUGUACGAGAUGAUUGCCUCGCGGGCGGCCGAAGGGUCCAGGGCCCAACAGAUCCGGGCUUUGAUUCCUCGCGCGGUGGAGGAGUCCAAACGGGGGGCGAUGUACGCCAUGCAUCGAGUGGUGGUGGUGGGGCAGAAGAAACCUUGAUUUUAGGGUUAAUUACACAUGUAAUGUAUUUGCGGCCGAAGAGCAUUGGGAAAUUGACGUGGAGGGGUUCGGGACUCGGGACUUGGGACUCGGGACUCGGGAGUGUAAUGCUCCCUCCAGCAACAGCAGCAGCAGCAGCAGCAGCAGCAGCAAGGUUACAUCGCACUGCAUUAGUCCUGGCCCCCACGAGACUAAUUGAUC